AUGGAGGAUAUCGAGGAUUUGUUGGCCGGAGGAGUAGGUGGCGCACCACCGGGUUUCCGAUUGCCGAUGAAUGCGGUCGGCAUUAAUCCGAAGACGAACAAGAGCAAACGCAGUAGCUCGAAACAGAAUGAAAUUACUGAUUCGAAUCGCGACUCGCUCGCUCCACCGUCUAUGAAGAUUCCAGGAACUCAGACAAUUUACAUCAAGACGUUUGGAUGUUCCCAUAAUAUGAGUGAUAGUGAGUAUAUGGCUGGUCAGCUUACUGCAUUUGGCUAUGGAUUGACCGAAGUCCCAGAGGAAGCUGAUCUCUGGCUCAUCAACACCUGUACGGUGAAGUCUCCGAGUCAGUCUGCGAUGUCUACUCUGAUAACGAGGGGUAGGAGUGGGAAGAAGCCUCUUGUGAUAGCUGGAUGUGUUCCUCAGGGUAGUCGUGAUCUUAAAGAGCUAGAAGGCGUUAGUGUCGUUGGAGUCCAACAGAUUGAUCGUGUUGUUGAGAUUGUUGAAGAAACUCUUAAGGGUCAUGAAGUGAGGUUGCUGAAUCGGAAGACUUUGCCUGCGCUUGAUCUUCCAAAGGUUCGGAGGAACAAUUUUAUUGAAAUUCUCCCUAUCAAUGUUGGCUGUUUGGGUGCUUGCACUUACUGCAAGACUAAGCACGCCCGUGGUCACUUGGGAAGCUACACAGUUGAUAGUCUAGUGGAGAGGGUGAGAACUGUAAUAUCUCAAGGAGUCAAGGAGAUUUGGUUGAGCAGCGAGGACACUGGAGCAUAUGGUCGUGACAUAGGAGUUAAUCUUCCAAUACUGCUUAAUGCUAUUGUUAAGGAGCUUCCUGCUGAUCAAAGCACAAUGCUAAGGAUAGGGAUGACUAAUCCUCCUUUUAUUCUAGAGCAUUUGAAAGAAAUAGCAGCUGUUUUACGUCACCCAUGUGUCUACACCUUUCUUCAUGUCCCUGUGCAAUCUGGCAGUGAUUCUGUGUUGACGGCCAUGCACAGGGAAUAUACAUCAAGCGAGUUCAGGACUGUGGUAGACACAUUAACAGAACUUGUCCCUGGGAUGCAAAUUGCUACUGAUAUAAUUUGCGGCUUUCCUGGUGAAACCGAUGAAGAUUUUUCUCAAACAGUUGGGCUUAUCAAGGAUUACAAAUUUUCCCAAGUUCAUAUUUCUCAGUUUUACCCCAGACCUGGAACCCCAGCAGCAAAAAUGAAGAAGGUACAAAGCAAAGUAGUGAAGCAACGAAGCCGUGAAUUGACUUGCGUCUUUGAAGCUUUUGCACCUUACACUGGAAUGGAAGGUAGAGAAGAGAGAAUAUGGAUAACCGAAAUAGCUACCGAUGGAGUUCACUUGGUUGGGCAUACGAAGGGAUACAUACAGGUGUUGGUAAAUGGACCAGAGAGUAUGCUUGGGACUUCAGCGAUUGCGAGGAUAACAUCUGUUGGAAGAUGGUCAGUGUUUGGGGACGUGAUUGAGACAUUAACCUCUGCAAAUGUAGAAACACAAGCCCCACGAGAGGAGACGAAGCCGCCUUGUUCGUCUGAUGUCAAGACUUGCGAGACUUGCGAUUGCUCUGCUGCUGAGAGCGGCUGUUGUGGAGAUGAGAAGAAAUCAGGAGAUGCCUGUAACAUUUCUAAAGAAAUCUCAAGACAGGAUCAAAGCGUGGGAAGUUACAAGACACAAGAGAAGCAAGAACUCGUAACAACACCAUGGGGUCUCGUUGAUAAGGCACUUGUGUGUGGAGUGUUCAUCAGCUCUCUCACCAUUCUUGUUUUGUUCAUUAGCAUCGCAUCUAGAGUCUUGCUGCGUCAAUGA